GUUCAGUUCAGCAGCCACCAUCGUUGAGAAUUGUCGUCGAAGUUGUGAAAAUUCCGUGUUCGCGUAAAAGUAACAACUUUGAGACAAAAUUGUGCUGUGCGCGUUUUGUGUGAGUCCGCCGUGUCGCCGUCCGCAGGGUUGGAAGGAGUGCGUGCAAAAGUUUCACAGUUUCUUACGCCUACGCAGCGCGGAACAGGGGGAAGGCCCUUUUCGGCGGAGAUUCCCGUCCUUGGUGGGGGCCCCCUCGUCAAAUUUGGUGCGUGGUGGGGCGAAAACUGAAGAAAAAUCGCAGCUAAAAUCGCUUGAUCGCGGCCACAAGUGAAUUGAUAGCGUGGAAAACGGGAGAAAAUUUAAUUCGCAGAGGAAAAUCGAUCCAGGAAGAAGAGCAACAAAACAGGCAGAUUCAGCACAGCCUGCUGCGAGUUUGUUUUUGUUGUUGUCCUGCGGGUAGGCGGGCCAGAGAAAAAGCAACUUCGAAAAAAAAACAUUCGAGUUUGGGCGAGGGCAAAAAAUGAGCCUUUCGAGUGAUUUUGGAAGAAUUUCUUGAAAAUAUUCGGCCAAAAGAGGCAGAAAGUGCAACCCCGUUUUGCUAUGGUCGUGCUGUGACUGGGUGGUGCAACAGCAGCAGCAACAACACCAAAAGUAGUGUUUUAGUUUCCGUUUGUAUUCGAGUUUUAUUUUGCUGAAAAAUCCCUUCAACUAGCAGAGGAAGCAGAACCGCCAAUCCGUCACGAUGGAUUCGCUGCGAAAGUGGUUGAACAAGCCAAAGGCUGACGACAAAUCGCUGCUGGCGCGGUUUUACCACGCGGACCGCGCCCUGACGGCGGUGGCCAGCGAGUUGGACAGCUUCGACGGUCGGGCGGAACCGGUUCGCUGUACCCGGCUGGUCGGACGGUUACGACAGGGGCAGGACCGCGUGCUGGCCAUCACGAACCAGAUCAUGGACGAGCUGCUCGGCGAGGACCGGGCGGCCCGUGCCUUCCGUGCCAAGUUUCCCGAGGAGGUGCUCCAGGAGAGUCUCGCCGGUCAGCUGUGGUUCGGGGCGGAGUGUCUGGCGGCUGGGUCGUCGAUCAUGAACCGAGAGGUGGAGAGCGCAACGAUGCGUCCGCUGGCGAAGGCCGUCACGAAGAGUCUGGACAACGUGCGGAACCUGUUGCGGGAGCAGUGCCUUCGGAACAAUACGCCGAACAGUUUGACGCUGCGACUGGACGUGAACGACGCCGCCACGGAGCAGCUGUACGAAAGCUUGAAGAUCUUUGACCGGUUGUUUGCCGAGUUUGAGCUGCUGUACGUGAGCGCGAUGGUGCAGGUCAAGUCCAAGCAGGAGUACGAGAUGCAGGAACUGAUUUGCGUACUGUUCUCGGAGACGCUGCAGCGGGCGCUCAAGGUCGGACUGCUCGAGCAGGAACAGGUGGACUCGUACGACCCGGCGUUGAUGUUUUCCAUUCCGCGCCUUGCCAUCGUCGCCGGGUUGGUAAUCUUCAAGGAAGGCCCACUGAACAUGGACCAACCGGCGGACGACAUUUCGGAAAUGUUCCGCCCGUUCCGGAAGCUGCUGAUCAAGAUGCGUGACCUGCUACGGACACUCACCAAGCACGAACUUUACCAGCUGGAGAAGCUGCUGUGCACCAACGAAGAGAUCAGUCUGAAGGAGCAACAAAUAAUCUGUGAUGGAAACGAGAUUGUCGGCGGUGGUCAGUCACCGUCGGCAGCUCCAAAUCCGGCGCGGGACGACACGGUCGUAAUCGUGACGACCAGCGCCACUGUAAAUAGUAGUGAUAAUCUGCGCGGACAAGAGCCGGAAGAAGACAUCAGUAGCUUUUAUACCAGCAACAAUCGCCGUACUGUAGAUAGUGAACCGAACGAAGAUGACGACGUGUCGGAAAGCAACGACGAAGACGAAGACGAGGAAGAAGUUGACGAAGACGACCCAGCCAACAUCCUGAAAGAUGCCCUGGUCACGUCGGAUUGCGCCUCGGGAUACCUUAUUCCAAACACCAACUUUGGUAACCUGCUGCAGACAAACGAGGCACCCCUCACGGACAGCUUCAUCGCCACUGACGAAGAGCUAAAACUAGCCAGCGGAGCAGCGUCCUCGCACGCCCGCAUCGAGCAAAUCCUCUCCGAAAGCAACCAAAAGCUAACCGACUCCGGCCUCGGUACCGCCAACCCCAGCCUGGACCACUCCCCCGAACUGGAAACGGAACGUCCCGUAACGAGCAGUCACCCAAUCGCCCAGUCCUCGUCCUCCUCCUCGGAAGAGGAGGGCGAAGUGGACGAAUACGACGAAGACGACAGCGAAUCAACGCUCUGCGAGCCGAAAUCACAUCACACCAAACACCAGCGCCGGCAACGACAUCACCACCACCACCACCGGAAGCACUACUCCAAGCAUCGGUCGAGUGCGGCCGGAUCGGCGGGAACGUCCGGUACGACAUGCUUGGCCGCCGAGAGGCAAAUCUCGAGCUGUGAUACAUCACCGUCAUCGGGCGGACUGCCGAGCGAGUGCGGAAGCAGCACCAGCGGGGGAAGCAGCGGCAGCAGUAGCGGUGGAAGCGGGGACGCGGAUGCGGCGCAGGAAGUGGCGAUGGCCAUCCGGGCUGCUGGGAGGAUAAAGUUCAAGACCACGGAGAACCUGCUGCACCGCCUGUUUGUGUGCAUCGCCGGCGUCGCGGACCAGCUGCAGACCAACUUUGCCGCUGACCUGCGCCAGAUGCUGAAGAGCGUCUUCGUGAUCAACUCGUCCCCACCGGAGCCGGAAGACCCACCGGAACCGGCUGCCAACUCGACGGACAAACCCAAGGAGCCGGACCCGGCCGAUCUGUUCGAGUUCCGCGCCAGCGAACAGGACGUCAUCACGAACAGUGGCGGUUCCAGCCAAAGCAUUUACUCCGCCGAGGAGGUCAACGCGGAAGAUCCGCACGAUUCGGUGUUCGGGUCACCGCCGGGAGGUGCCUCACCGGUGCGAGCAUCGUCCGCUCCGCGCACCAUGAUGACGACCGCGGCCAGCAGUGAGAACGGAAGCGUGACGGUGAACGUGUCGGUAUCGGUUGUGACCGCCGGAAGUGGUGGCUCGGGAAGCGGCUCGAGCCGGAGUUCUCAGGAGCGCAGCGUUAGUCUGAGUGAAACGUCGAUCGUGGUUGAGGGCAGUGGUGGCAAUACCCGAAGACAUAGCGCCAUCGGUACCAAGGGAGAGUACGGCCGAAGUCGGUCCAGUCCGAGCAGUCCGGUCAACGUGGGCAGCAUGAUGGAGGAGCGUCGCAUGCCGGAGGCUCCUCCGCGGUGGAUUCCGGACGGGGACGCGCCCCGCUGCAUGGCUUGUGCUUCGUCGUUUACGCCUUUCCGGAGGCGUCAUCACUGCCGGAACUGUGGCGGAGUGUUCUGCGGUGGGUGCUCGAGCGCGUCGGCUCCGCUGCCCAAGUACGGGUUAACCAAGGCGGUCCGCGUCUGUCGGGAGUGCUUUGUACGCGAGGUUGGCGUCUGAGCUGGGUUCUAGAGUUAGAUUGUGUUGAGGUUUUCUGUGUUUUUUUUGUUUUUCUUUUCUUGACGAAACCGUUUUUAUACACAUACAAAGAAAAUAUUAUUUUUGUUUUGCUUUAGGAAAUAUGUUAUAAGACAAAAGCUCUUUGAUUCAAGAUUUUACAGUUUUCUUUGAUAGCUGAAUUAUCCGUGGUAACCAGCUUCCGCUCGAUGGAACAGUGCAGAAUGUUGUGUCAAACAUGACGAAGUCUUGCGGAUUUUGGAUACCUCAGUUCCCCCUGAACCGAAUGUAACUAUUGUGGCUUUUUGUACAGUUGUUUCCUCGCUCUUGUCGAUAUCUAAAUAAAUAAAACAAGUUAUUUAAAGACAUGAUAUGAAUUGUGUUCACAACUAGCAAAAAAAACAGAUCGUACUUUUUCACCCCACUUUCCGACUACCGCGUAAGUAAACCAACGAUCAAAUGAUGUCCUCUUAAGUUUUGUGUUUAUUUUCUCCGCCGAAUUACACAACCACAUACAUUCCUUCGACACGAAAUGCGCGUAUUUGUACAUACAUAGACAGUGGAAUCCAAACUCAAAAAACCAAAAGACUUGACUUUUCGUUCAGUGCGGUUACGUUUCAGUCCUUGUGUACGAUUAAAAACUAUACAAAUUAUAAUCAUGGAGGAAACAUACAUUCAUAAAAAGCGCCGACAAACAUAAUAUACUACCACUAAAUCUAUUAAACUUGCAGAAAACGAGAAAAUAUCAAUGCAAUAUCACGCGUUAAACGAGCACCUUACUUCAACAUGUACGGAAAAAUCGUGUAUUCAAAAUCUUCUUUUCUGUCAAAAAAAUCUUGAAGCAAAGAAAAAAGCUAAAAAAAUUAAUUUAAAAAAAAACAUUGGAGUGAUAUCUUUUUUACGAAGAAAACAAAAAAAAAACGAAGAAUGUUAUAUAUACAUAUAUUUCCGCGAGCGUGAACGGCAACAGAGACGGUAAUUUAACUAUAUACUUUUGUGAAUAGAUAUGAAAAACCAAGCGCAUUACUAGCAGCAGAAUCCUAGUGGCUAUUUUCCCAAAUAAAGAAGAAGAAAAACAGUCAAAGUGAUAAAUAAAUGGAAGAAAAUCAGAAAAGUGCAGGUAUCAGUUCUGAUUGAUGCCGCUGCAAGGAAAAAAAAGUUGAAGCUAAGCAAGUGGCAACUUGAAUUAUUGCUAGGGCUGAAUAAAGGAAAAGUGAUAAAAAAAAAC